AUGGAAAUUUGUAUUGGAGCAGCACGUGGGUUGAACUACCUUCGUACGGGCGCAAAGCACAUGAUCAUUCAUUGUGAUGUGAAGACCACAGAUACCUUAUUCGACGAGGAAUGGACCGCCAAGGUGUGUGAUUUAGGCUUAUCAAAAUUGGGCCCUACUAGCUUGUCCAAGGACCACGUCAGUACAUUGGUGAAGGGUAGUUUCGGAUAUUUGGAUCCGGAAUAUUAUCGACGUCAGCCGUUAACUGAGAAGUCUGAUGUGUAUUCUUUCGGUGUGAUGUUGUGUGAAGCAUUGUGUGCAAAGCCACCCAUUACACGUACGGUGAUAGAGGAGCAGGUCAACCCAGUGGACUGGGUCAAUUACACGUAUGGAAAGCUUAACGAAAUUAUUAAUCCAUUUCUGAAGGGUACAAUUGCAUUAGAAUGCUUGAAUAAAUUUGUUGAGGUCACUACAAAUUGUUUGCUUCACAAUGGAACCGAACGCCCUUCGAUGAACGAUGUCGCGUGGGGCCUUGAGUUUGCAUUGCUGUUGCAAGAGAAUGCAGCAGAUAAAGAGGUCAUGCUUAAUGGGGUUGAAAUUGAGAUGAUGGAUGCUGAGAAAGCUCUCAUCCCUAACUCCGUAGUAGAUGAUAGUAGUGACAUGAUCAGUAGUAGCAGUGGACAAGAGUCUGAUACCAAUAGCAACACCAGGGUCACGUUUACAAGCAAGGAAGACCAAAGUUUUGCUAGUUUGGAUUCGGAUGGAUUAAUGUCUGUUGGGGCAGUGUUUUCUGAGAUUUCUAUUCCGAAACGUUGA